AUGGCGGCUGGUGGAGAGGCCCCGGACUCCUGGUAUCUGGCUCUGCUCGGGUUCGCUGAACAUUUCCGCACUUCGAGUCCUCCUAAAAUCCGGCUAUGUGUGCACUGUCUCCAGGCUGUGUUUCAGUUCAAGCCACCGCAAAGAGUGGAGGCCCGGACUCACCUUCAGCUCGGCUCGGUGCUCUAUCACCACACCAAGAACAGCGAGCUCGCCCGCAGCCAUCUGGAGAAAGCGUGGUGCAUCUCCCAACAAAUCCCCCAGUUUGAAGAUGUUAAAUUUGAGGCUGCCAGUCUUCUCUCAGAGCUCUACUGCCAACAGAACUUGGUCGACUCUGCUAAGCCACUUUUACGCAAAGCCAUUCAGAUCUCCCAGCAGACUCCUUACUGGCACUGCAGAUUGUUGUUUCAGCUAGCACAACUGCACACACUAGAAAAGGACUUGGUGUCUGCAUGUGACCUGUUGGGUGUAGGAGCAGAAUAUGCCAGAGUUGUUGGAUCAGAAUAUACCAGAGCCCUGUUUCUUUUGAGUAAAGGAAUGUUGCUUCUAAUGGAGCGUAAGCUGCAGGAAGUGCAUCCUUUGCUCACGUUGUGUGGGCAGAUUGUGGAGAACUGGCAGGGAAACCCCAUUCAGAAGGAAUCUCUUCGAGUCUUUUUCCUGGUGCUGCAGGUCACACACUAUCUGGAUGCAGGACAGGUGAAGAGUGUAAAGCCAUGCUUGAAGCAGCUGCAGCAGUGUAUCCAGACAAUCUCAACACUUCACGACGACGAGAUUCUGCCCAGCAACCCUGCUGACCUCUUUCACUGGCUGCCUAAGGAGCAUAUGUGUGUGCUUGUCUACUUGGUGACUGUCAUGCACUCCAUGCAGGCUGGUUAUCUGGAGAAGGCACAGAAGUACACAGACAAAGCUCUUAUGCAACUAGAGAAAUUAAAGAUGUUGGACUGCAGUCCCAUCCUGUCCUCAUUCCAAGUCAUCCUGCUAGAGCACAUCAUCAUGUGCCGCCUGGUUACAGGCCACAAGGCGACAGCGUUGCAGGAGAUCUCUCAGGUGUGCCAGUUGUGCCAGCAAUCACCUCGCCUGUUCUCUAACCAUGCUGCUCAGCUCCAUACUUUAUUAGGGUUGUACUGUAUUUCAGUAAACUGUAUGGACAAUGCAGAGGCACAGUUCACUACGGCAUUGCGGCUUACUACACACCAGGAGCUGUGGACCUUCAUCGUAACUAACCUGGCCAGCGUCUACAUCAGAGAGGGCAACCGGCACCAAGAGCUUUAUAGUUUGCUAGAGAGGAUAAACCCAGACCACAACUUCCCUGUGAGUUCUCACUGUCUGCGAGCUGCAGCCUUUUAUAUUCGUGGACUUCUUUCCUUCUUCCAGGGACGCUACAACGAGGCCAAGCGCUUUUUGCGUGAGACAUUGAAGAUGUCAAAUGCUGAGGAUCUGAAUCGCCUGACUGCCUGUUCACUUGUUCUUCUUGGACACAUAUUCUAUGUUCUUGGAAACCACAGGGAAAGCAACAACAUGGUGGUACCAGCAAUGCAGUUGGCUAGCAAGAUUCCUGACAUGUCUGUUCAGCUCUGGUCCUCUGCACUGCUCAAAGAUUUAAACAAGGCCUGUGGGAACACGAUGGACGCACAUGAAGCAGCGCAGAUGCACCAGAACUUCUCCCAGCAGCUUCUACAGGACCACAUAGCUGCCUGCAGCCUGCCUGAACACAACCUCAUCAGUUGGACAGAUGGACCUCCUCCAGUGCAAAUCCAAGCUCAGAAUGGACCCACAACUAGUUUGGCCAGCCUGCUUUAAAUAUACAACACACUUAACUCACUGAUAGAUACACACACACUUUCUCACUCACUGUGAGCACAUGCAUUGUACAUACAGGUCAGCCUCCUCUGAGCCCAAAUAAAACACAGUUUUACACACAUACACACACACUUAAAAGGAAAGAGGACUGCCCUGCCUUUGUCAUGCAGAUUUUAUCUUGUAUUGUUCAGAUUUUAACUUAUUCUUAUUGAACUUGUAUGAUGUUGGGGAAGUGAGAUUUCAUUAAGACUUGGGGAAUAAGUUGGGACACAAGUCACUAUGGGCACUGUACGUCCGAUUUAGUACUUGCUCUUGAGGAGAGGCUUUACUGGACUUCGAUUAAGACUUCGGAAGCUGCGUAGAUCACAUGCCAUGUCUAUGUAGAAAAUAUUUUUAUUGGUUAUUUGACUACCAGGCAGAAGAAUUUAAGGCUUUUGUUGGUUAUUACCUGUUGAAGCUACUAGUAAAGCUAUUCCUUUAUAUUGGUAGGAAUUUUAAUUUAGUCCAGUUCUGCCAAGUGUGUAUGCUCCAUGUACAAACCUGACUGGAAAAUACAGUUUGGGGUGUGUUUUCUUUAACAUGUCAUGAUUAUUAACCUUUUACAUUAAUUUAAUUUCAAUACAGCAUCCAUGUCAUUAAAAUAAAACAUACGCCUCUUUUCCACUAGACAGUGUGGUGCAGAAUGGUGUGAUAAACUUUUUGUCAGGGAUCAAAAGUAGAAAUGGGGAUGUAUUGGACAUUUAGUCUUAUUAACAAUAAAAAUACAAUAUAGAAAUUUAUGUGUAAUGUACCCACAUUUUUUUAUGUUUUGAUCUAUUUUUACCUUGCGGAAACACAGAAGUCAGCCUUUCCAAUUACAAGAAUCCCAAAUGGCAGCCAGUUCACUGCACCUUUGCACUAUGUAAGUUCUGUAAUUACACUGUGUAGGUUCAUACGCCAUUGCAGAUACAGGCACAUAUUUACAUGCUUGCAUUGCUGGCAGGCACAGUGUCCUGGGAACCAGGGAUUUAACCCUGCCCCAACCAUUAUCUGUAAGGAGUUCGGCAUUUUCUCAUGUCUGUGUGGGUUUUCUCCAGGGUGUAAUCUCAAUUUGCAUCCACCGCAUGCCAGAGCAUCAAUUAAUGAAAAUAAAUGAAAAUACUUUAUUAGGGUCAGUUGGAGCCCUUUGAGUUGACCAUUGCAGUGUAUUAUUUUACAAUUUCAUUUAAAAUAAGCCUUUUUGAAAGUAAUGUAAUUUUUGAGUUAAUACUAGUAUUUUUGAGUUUGGACUUAAGUAUGUCAUUUAUAGUGUAAUAAUGCCCAUUAUUUACCACCGCUCAACCUCCAAGGAUUUACACGACCAGAAAUGAACACACUUGCUGUAUCAUACUGUCUGGUGGAAAAGCAGCAAUACUGACUGGUGUGUUGGAUUUGCAUUAAAACUAUGGGGUGACUCAGUGGCAAAAGAGGGCUGUCAUACUGUGCUGGGCAGGAUGUCUUUGUGUAGCCAGCUAGUUAUUUAGUUAGAUCUAUAGUAAAGUAGUGCACAGCAGAGCUCAAACCAAAUCAGCUUUGUUUAUACAAAAAAUCCUUAGUAAAACACUUAGCCGUGUUCAGGGAUUAGUGUGAAAGCUGACAGCAUUGUCAGCAGUACAGAGGCAACCUAAUAUAGUUUGUGUCUAACAAAAACAGCUUGUAUAGGCAGCUAAGUCAGAGAUGAUAGGAGAACGUGGUCGAUCAGGAUGAGUCUUUAAUGCUUUCUAAACCACAUCUAGGUAUUGUUUCUGGAUUUCUUAUAUUUUUUUUUUUUUUGUCCUAUUUAGUUGCUUAUUUUUUUAUUUGUAUCUAAAACAUGUAACUAAAUACAUAGUAAUCUUUUACACUUCAUGUCUUGUGUCUUGGGUUUAUGUAUAGAAUGUCUUUAUUUUGAACACUGCAAAUGUUUUAGCAGUAUUUAAUUUUAUUACCAGUGACGGACAACUUUUUGCCGACAUGGUUUCAAGACAGACCUCUGAUUUGUUUUUGUAUUUUUUCAUGUUUCAUAUUACAUCUCACCUACAAGCACCAGCAGCAUUUUUAUCCUCACUGGUUAUUCAUUAGCUGGUAGCCUUUUUUUAAAAACAGCAGUAUGUAACUUUUGGCUGAAAUUAUUUGGUGCCAUAAGCAAACCCCACAACCACCAACCAGAAAAAAUUGAUACUAAUUUGGUCCAGACAGAUGUAGCUUUAGGUUAGCAUUCUUGCUUUUCUGAGGGAAGUCGUUGCAGCACAUUUCUAAGAAAGAAGAAUGGCACUUAAUUUGUGUUCAACAAAAAAGUUACCUAUUGCAGCUUUAAAAUUGCGUUGUAACAUGACAAAUUAGUUGUUAAUGCUGUUGAACAGAGAAAUAGUUGUUUUUUGUUAAACGUGUAUAAUUUAUAACCAACAGGGGGCGCAAUUGAAGAGGCUACCAGUUAUUUAGCCACAAUUAUCCAAGCACCGUAUUCACUACGCAUCCAGAGUUGAACUUGAAUGUUAAGGAUCAUAGACUUCUAAUGCAAUCUACAUUAAUGGUUACGAUUCUGUGUUUUUCCUUUUCCAGAUUCUUUUGUAAUAUUCUGUUAAAUCUUCUUAAUAUGAACCCAAAUCUUUCUUCCAAUGCAAGACAUUUUUGUACUGGUUUACUGGUUUGUCACUGGUUCUCUUUCUUUUACCCUCUGUACAAAUCCUGUUGACCCCUUUCCCACUUAAGUAUUCACCCUUUUUUUCUGUAGUUUUAACAAAUAAAUUCGUUUAUUACAUUUUGUAAA